AUGGACCCGAGGCACAAAGAAAUACUCAGGAAACACCGGCUGGACCUGUCCAAUCAAAUUUUAAUUGAUGACACCAUAGUUCCAUUCCUGUACCAGGAGAACAUUUUAACAGAGAGCCAGGUGGACGAGAUUCAGUCUCAAAUAAGCAACAAGAAGAAGACGUUGAGACUGCUGGAUAUCCUUCCCAGCCGUUUGGUACAUUUCUGAAUUCCCUGGAGGAAGAGUUUAUUUGGGUGAGAGACAAGCUACUCCAGGAUUUGGAGCAACCCAAUGUACCUGUUCAAAGUCCAACAGGUGAGUCAGAUGCCAAGUGUUUGACGUCAUACUAACGUUAUAGGCUAGAUUUUCAAUGGCCCUUCCUUUGUACAGUAAAAAGACCAUAGAAAUAGAAUAGGUAGCUAGAACCAAUCAAGAUAGUUCAAACCAGUGCUGGGCUUGCACUGAUAGGUGCUGGUACUUAUUUUUGAGUGCAGGUACUGUUUAUAUUUAGGUGUAGGAACUCUGCAAUACUUUUAUGCUAAUAUUCUAUAAGAGGUGCAGGAACUCAAGCAGUAGGACAUUUGAGGUGCCAGAACUCAGUUCCAGUGAGCUCCUGCCCAAGUCAAGCACUGGUUCUAACCAUAUAAAUAUAAUUACUCUAAAGAAUAAACAAUAUUAGUAAUUUAUUACAUUUGUAAAGCACUUUUUAUUAUACAAGAAUAAUCUAAAAGUGUAUCAAAUAAAAGGUAAAUUAGAAAAAAAUAGUAAAAUAAAUAAACUUGAUAAUAUAAAGAACAGAAAUGUUAAAAUGAUAUAACCAUAUCAUGAAAGCAACAAUGAGAUAGGAGGAAGGGUAGGCCAGCUGAUAGAGAUUAGUCUUAAAGGCCUGCUUUAAAUGCCCCAACAUGUUGACCAGCCCUGAGAUUGUCAGGAAGGGAGUUUCAAAGGCAUAGUGCGUGGGAGGAAAAGGCCCUUAAUUCUAUGGUUCUAACAUUUGUUUGCAGUUGUUGUAUGCCUAUUGCCCUGCAAUAUAUCUGCACAAUAAAUCAAAUCAAAUCAAAUCAAAUUUUAUUGGUCACAUGCGCCGAAUACAACAGGUGCAGACAUUACAGUGAAAUGCUUACUUACAGCCCUUAACCAACAGUGCAUUUAUUUUAAACAAAAAAAGUAAGAAUAAAACAACAACAAAAAAAGUGUUGAGAAAAAAAGAGCAGAAGUAAAAUAAAGUGACAGUAGGGAGGCUAUAUAUACAGGGGGGUACCGUUGCAGAGUCAAUGUGCGGGGGCACCGGCUAGUUGAGGUAAUAUGUACAUGUGGGUAGAGUUAAAGUGACUAUGCAUAAAUACUUAACAGAGUAGCAGCAGCGUAAAAAGGAUGGGGUGGGGGGGCAGUGCAAAUAGUCCGGGUAGCCAUGAUUAGCUGUUCAGGAGUCUUAUGGCUUGGGGGUAGAAGCUGUUGAGAAGUCUUUUGGACCUAGACUUGGCACUCCGGUACCGCUUGCCGUGCGGUAGCAGAGAGAACAGUCUAUGACUAGGGUGGCUGGAGUCUUUGACAAUUUUGAGGGCCUUCCUCUGACACCACCUGGUAUAGAGGUCCUGGAUGGCAGGAAGCUUUGCCCCAGUGAUGUACUGGGCCGUACAAUAACAAUAACUGCAAUAUGUCUGCAUAGUACACAGAAAAAAAUGAGGCUUUCCUUUGCACAAACAUUCCAUAACAAUACCAUUCUGGUUUGGUGUCAAUAUGGCAUCCAUCCAAAAUUCGAACUCUUAAAAACGUAGAAAUCGAUUUUAUUCUCAGAAACUAUAGAAAAUUGCUUUGAAAUUGAAGGUCGCUCCAAAUCACAUUUUAUUUGUCACAUGCUUCGUAAACAACAGGUGUAGACUAACUAGGGCUGUGACAGAUGAUGCAAUCUCUAUUGCACUCCACACUGCCCUUUCCCACCUGGACAAAAGGAACACCUACGUGAGAAGGCUAUUCAUUGACUACAGCUCAGCGUUCAACACCAUAGUGCCCUCAAAGCUCAUCACUAAGCUAAGGAUCCUGGGACUAAACACCUCCCUCUGCAACUUGAUCCUGGACUUCCUGACGGGCCGCCCCCAGGUGGUAAGGGUAGGUAACAACACAUCUGCCACGCUGAUCCUCAACAUGGGGGCCCCUCAGGGGUGCGUGCUCAGUCCCCUCCUGUACUCCCUGUUCCCCCAUGACUGCAUGGCCAGGCACGACUCCAACACCAUCAUUAAGUUUGCAGAUGACACAACAGUGGUAGGCCUGAUCACCGACAACGAUGAGACAGCCUAUAGGGAGGUGGUCAGAGACCUGGCCGUGUGGUGCCAGGAUAACAACCUCUCCCUCAACGUGAUCAAGACAAAGGAGAUGAUUGUGGACUGCAGGAAAAAGAAGAGGACCGAGCACGCCCCCAUUCUCAUCGACAGGGCUGUAGUGGAGCAGGUUGAGAGCUUCAAGUUCCUUGGUGUCCACAUCACCAACAAACUAUCAUGGUCCAAACACACCAAGACAGUCGUGAAGAGGGCACGACAAAGCCUAUUCCCCCUCAGGAGACUGAAUAGAUUUGGCAUGGGUCCUCAGAUCCUCAAAAAGUUCUACAGCUGCACCAUCGAGAGCAUCCUGACUGGUUGCAUCACUGCCUGAUAUGGCAACUGCUCGGCCUCCGACCGCAAGGCACUACAAAGGGUAGUGCGUAAAGCCCAGUACAUCACUGGGGCCAAGCUUCCUGCCAUCCAGGACCUCUAUACCAGGCAGUGUCAGAGGAAGGCCCUAAAAAUUGUCAAAGACUCCAGCCACCCUAGUCAUAAACUGUUCUCUCUGCUACCGCACGGCAAGCGGUACCGGGGCGCCAAGUCUAGGUCCAAAAGGCUUCUUAACAGCUUCUACCCUCAAGCCAUAAGACUCCUGAACAGGUAAUCAAAUGGCUACCCUGACUAUUUGCAUUGUGUCCCCCCCCCCCCCCCCCCUAUCUUUUACGCUGCUGCUACUCUCCGUUUACUAUCUCUGCAUAGUCACUUUAACUAUACCUACAUGUGCAUAUUACCGCAAUUACCUUGACUACCCGGUGCCCACGCAAAUUGACUCUGUACCGGUACCCCCUGUAUAUAGCCUCGCUACUAUUAUUUUUACUGUUAUUUUACUGCUUUAAUUUUUUUACUUAUCUAUCACUUAUUUCUCUUAACUGCAUUAUUGGUUAGGUCUUGUAAGUAAGCAUUUCACUGUAAGGUCUACACCUGUUGUAUUCGGGCAUGUGACAAAUACAAUUUGAUUUUGUUUUCUUAAUUUGUUGAUUAAUAUUUAUACGUAAUAACCUGAAUGAUAAUAACGAAGUGUAAUGGUUUGUUUCAAAUUGGUUUUAUUAGGACGCAUAUCCAUGUAAACAAGUGUACAAACAGAAUUGUGACCUCCCUUUUUUGAACCCCCUCCCCCCUCAUGAACGGUUAUGUCGGUGACAAUGUACAUUGGCCUGGACAAUUACCUUAACCUCAAAUUCCAAGACCGUCACAGCCCUAAGACUAACAAUGAAAUGCUUAGGCCUACUUACGGGCCCUUCCCAACAAUACAGAGAUGUGUACAUAUAACUAUACUGAACAAAAAUAUAAAUGUAAAGUGUUGGUCCCAUGUUUCAUGAGCUGAAAUAAAAGAUCCCAGAAAUGCACAAAAAGCUUAUUUCUCUAAAAUGUUGUGCACAAAUUUGUUUACAUCCUUAUUAGUGAGCCUUUCUCUUUUGCCAAGAUAAUCCAUCCACCUGACAUGUGUGGCAUAUCAAGAAGCUGAAUAAACAGCACGAUCAUUACACAGGUGCACCUUGUGCUGGAGACAGUAAAAGGCCACUCUAAAAUGUGCAGUUUUGUCACACAACACAAUGCCACAGAUGUCUCAAGUUUUGAGGGAGCAUGUAAUUGGCAUGAUGACUGCAGGAAUCUCCACCAGAGCUGUUGCCAGAUAAUUGAAAGUCAAUUUUUCUACCAUAAGCUGCCUCCAAUGUCGUUUUAGAGUAUUUGGCAGUACGUCCAACCGGCCUCAACCGCAGACCACGUGUAACCACGCCAGCCCAGGACCUCCACAUCCGGCUUCUUCACCUGCGGGAUCGUCUGAGACCAGCCAUCCAGACAGCUGAUGAAACGGAGGACUAUUUCCAUCUGUAAUAAAGCCCUUUUGUGGGGAUAAACUCAUUCUGAUUGGCUGGGCCUGACUCCCAAGUGGGUGGGCCUAAUGCCCUCCCAAGCCCACCCAUGGCUGUGCCCCUGCCCAGUCAUGUGAAAUCCAUAGAUUAGGGUCUAAUGAAUUUAUUUCAAUUGACUGAUUUCCUUUAUAUGAACUGUAACUCAGUAAAAUCGUUGAAAUUGUUGCAUGAGAUAGCUGUGUCUUUGUACAAUAAUGGCGCCGACAGAGAGGGCUGCCUCGCUUCUAGUCCUUAGGAAACUUUGCAGUAUUGUUUUUUUAUGUAUUAUUUCUUACAUUGUUAGCUCAGAAACUCUUAAGUGUUAUUACAGACAGCUGGGAAGAACUAUUGGAUAUCAGAGCGGCGUCAACUUACCAACACUACGACCAGGGAUACGACUUUCCCAAAGCGGAUCCUUUGUCCACACCACCCAGGGCAUUGGAACUGAUUCCAGACGCCGACCCAAAACAACGCCGCCGGAGGAGAGGCAGCCGGAGCGGUCUUCUAGUCAGACUUAGGAGGCACGCACACCGCCCAUCGCUUCCGAGUAUAUUACUCGCUAAUGUCCAGUCCCUAGAUAACAAAGUGGACAAGAUCAGGGCAAGGGUUGCUUUCCAGAGAGACAUCAGGGAUUGUAACAUACUCUGUUUGACGAAAACAUGGCUCUCUCGGGAUAUACUGUCCCCGUCCACACAGCCAUCUGGGUUCUCAUUACAUCGCGCCGACAGGAAUAAACAUCUCUCCGGGAAGAAGAAGGGUGGGGGGUUUGCAUGGUGUAAUUGUAACAACAUACAGGAACUCAAGUCAUUUUGUACACCUGACCUAGAAUUCCUCAGUCAAAUGCCGACCGUAUUAUCUCCCAAGAGAAUUCUCUUCGGUUAUUGUUACAGCCGUGUAUAUCCCCCCUCAAGCCGAUACCACGACGGCCCUCAAGGAACUUCACUGGACUUUAUGCAAACAGGAAACCAUAUAUCCUGAGGCUGCAUUUAUUGUAGCUGGGGAUUUUAACAAAGCAAAUUUGAGAAAAAGGCUACCUAAAUUCUAUCAGCAUAUUGACUGUAGCACUCCCGCUGGAAAAACACUGGAUCACUGCUACGCUAAUUUCCACUAUGCAUACAAGGCCCUCCCCCGACCUCCUUUUGGCAAAUCUGACCACGACUCCAUUUUGCUCCUCCCUUCCUAUAGGCAGAAACUCAAACAGGAAGCACCCUUGCUAAGGACUAUUCAACGCUGGUCUGACCAAUCGGAAUCCACGCUUCAAGAUUGUUUUGAUCGCACGGACUGGGAUAUGUUCCGAGUAGCCUCUGAGAAUAAUAAAGACGUAUACACUGAUUCAGUGAGUGGGUUUAUAAGGAAGUGUAUAGGAGAUGUCGUACCCACUGUGACUAUUAAAACCUACCUUAACCAGAAACCGUGAAUAGAUGGCAGCAUUCGCGAAAAACUGAAAGCACGAACCACCGCAUUUAACCAUGGCAAGGUGACGGGGAAUAUGGCAGAAUACAAACAGUGGUCGUUCCCUCCAAGGCACUCAAACAGGCAAAACGUCAAUAUCGAGACAAAGUGGAGUCGCAAUUCAAUGGUUCAGACAUGAGACGUAUGUGGCAGGGUUUUACAGACAAUCACGGACUACAAUAGGAAAACCAGCCACGUCGCAGUCACCGAUGUCUUGCUGCGUGACAAGCUAAACAAGUUCUUUGCCCGCUUUGAGGAUAACACAGUGCCACCGACGCGGCAAGCUACCCAAGAACUGUGGGCUCUCCUUCUCCGUGGCCGACGUGAGUAAGACAUUUAAACGUGUUAACCCUCGCAAGGUUGCCGGCCCAGACGGCAUUCCUAGCCGCGUCCUCAGACCAUGCGCUGACCAGCUGGCUGGUGUGUUUACGGACAUAUUCAAACUCUCCCUAUCCUAGUCUGCUGUCCCCACAUGCUUCAAGAUGGCCACCAUUGUUCCUGUACUUGGGCCAUACGCACUACCCUGUAGUAACUUGCGGGAGGAUGCCAAGCAGUUGCCGUACCAAGCGGUGAUGCAGCCAGUCAAGAUGCUCUCAAUGGUGCAGCUGUAGACCUUUUUGAGGAUCUGAGGGUCCAUGGCAAAUCUUUUCAGCCUCCUUUUAGAUUUGAUGACUUUAUUAGUCACAUGCACAUGGUCGCAGAUGUUAUUGCAGGGUACAAAAAGGGUGAAAUUCUUAAACUCCAAGCUCCAACAGUGCAGGUCAAAAAGAGAAGUGAAUGAAACAAUAAUAAUGCUUGGUAGUCCACUAUCAGCUCCUUUGUCUUGCUGAUGUUGAGGGACCUCCUCCCUAUAGGCUGUCUCAUCAUCAUCGGUGAUCAGGCCUACCACCUUUUGUGUCGUCGACAAACUUAAUGAUGGUGUUGGAGUCGUGCACGGCCACGUAGUUGUGGGUGAACAGGGAGUACAGGAGGGGACUAAGCACGCACCCCUGUGGGGCCACCCGUGUUGAGGGUCAGCGUGGCAGAUGUAUUGUUGCCUAACCUCACCACCUGGGGGCGGCCUGUCAGGAAGUCCAGGAUCUAGUUGCAGAGGAAGGUUUCCAGUCCCAGGGUCCUUAGCUUAGUGAUGAGCUUGGAGGGUACUAUGGUGUUGAACGCUGAGCUGUAGUCAAUUAACAAAUCAAAUCAAAUCAGCAUUCUCACAUAGGUGUUCCACUUGUCCAAGUGGGAAAGUGCAGUCUGGAGUGCAAUAGAGAUUGCGUCAUUUGUGGAUCUGUUGGGGCGGUAUGCAAAUUGGAGUGGGUCCAGUUUGUCUGGGAUGAUGGUGUUGAUGUGAGCCAUGACCACUCUUUCAAAGCAUUUCAUGGCUCCAGAUGUGAGUGCUAUGGUGCGAUAUUCAUUUAGACAGGUUACCUUGGCAUUCUUGGGCACAGGAACUAUGGUGGUCUGCUUGAAACGUAGGUAUUAGACUGGGUCAGGGAUAGGUUGAAAAUGUAAGUGAAGACAUUUGCUUGCUGGUCAGUGCAUGCUAUGAGUAUGCGUCCUAGUAAUUUGUCUGGCCCUGCCGCCUUGUGAAUGUUAACCCGUUUUAAAGGUCUUACUCACAUCGGCUACGGAGAGUGUGAUCACACAGUCAUCCGGAACGGCUGGUGCUCUCAUGCAUGGUUCAGUGUUGCUUGCCUCGAAGUGAGCAUAGAAGGCAUUUAGCUCGUCUGGUAGGCUCGCGUCACUGGGCAGCUCGCGGCUGGGUUUCCUUUUGUGAUCCAUGAUAGUUUGCAAGCCCUGCCACAUCCGACGAGCGUCAGAGCCCCUGUAGUAGGAUUCAAUCUUAGUCCGGUAUUGAUGCUUUGCCUGUUUGAUGGUUCGUCGGAGGGCGUAACGGAAUUUCUUAUAAACGUCUGGAUUUGUGUCCUCCUCCUUGAAAGCGGCAGCUCUAGCCUUUAGCUCAGUGCGGAUGUUGCCUGUAAUCCAUGGCUUCUGGUUCGAUAUGUACAUACCGUCAUGUGUGGACGCCGUUGUCGAUGCACUUAUUAAUAAAGCCGGUGUCUGUUGUGGUAAACUCCUCAAUGCCAUCUGAUGAAUCCCGGAACAUAUUCCAGUCUAUGCUAGCGAAACAGUCCUGUAGCUUAGCAUCUGCUUCUUUGGACCACUUCCGUAUUGAGCACAUCACUGGUACUUCCUGUUUUUGCUUGUAAGCAGGAAUCAGGAGGAUCGAACUAUUGUCAAAUUUGCCAAAUGGAGGGCGAGGGAGAGCUUUGUAUGCGUUUCUGUGUGUGGAGUAAAGGUGAUCUAGAGUUUUUUUCGCCUCUAGUUGCACAGGUGGUCCUCUGUAGCUCAGCUGGUAGAGCACGGCGCUUGUAACGCCAAGGUAGUGGGUUCGAUCCCCGGGACCACCCAUACACAAAAAUGUAUGCACGCAUGACUGUAAGUCGCUUUGGAUAAAAGCGUCUGCGAAAUGGCAUAUUAUGCUGGUAGAAAUUAAGGUUAAAUGGAUUUCAGUUUUCCAGCAUUCAAAUCACCGGCCACUAGGUGUGCCGCCUCUGGAUGAGCAUUUUCUUGUUUUCUUAUGGCCCUAUACAGCUCGUUGAGUGCAGUCUUAGUGUCAGUAUCGGUUUGUGGUGGUAAAUGAACAGCUAUGAAAAACAUAAACUCUCUUGGUAAAUAGUAUGGUCGACAGCUUAUUAUGAGGUAUUCUAACUCAGGCGAGCAGAACCUCGAGACUUCCACUAAUUGAAAUUCUGCGUGACACCACAUUUCUUCUAUUAUAAACGCGAUAGACAGCACAGGCACAAUCAAUGGCAACACAUUAAAAUGAAGGUUAUAGAGUGGACUACUCUGUUCUAAAGCCAUCCUAGAUUUUCCACAUGGCAACAGCAUCACAACCUUAAAUGGUUGGCUCCAGAAAUACGGCACAAACAUUAUCUUUGGCACUUGAUCAAGACGUGAAAACAUCUCAUUCUGGUGGACGUUUACUCUAGCUCUGUUUUGUCAAAUCGACCCUCAUGUUUUUCUCUCGCAUGCUACUUUUUUGUGAAUAAAAGGUCAGUAAACUCACUAUAAACCAUCCUGGAGGUCACUGGCGUGCGUGUCCUUAUCUGAAGGCCACUAAUACGACCAAAACGCCAUGCUUUCAUUCAGUGUGUGUGUGUGUGUGUGUGUGUGUGUGUGUGUGUGUGUGUGUGUGUGUAUGUGUGUAUAUAUAUAUAUAUAUAUUUAUUUUUUUAGGCCUAGUUGGCAUCACCAACUAUUCAUGAAUUUAUUUUUUAAAAUGUAUAAUUCCCAAAUUCUAUUUCAUGGAAUUAAACUACGUGAUCUCCAGUAACAGUUAGCUCUUGCCAAGAAUAACGUUAGUAUUACGUAUAGUAUAACGUAAGUCAAAUGUGUUGUAAUGCCUGCAGACUAGUGACCCCCUCAGUAAUGAUGAUCAGAGGACUGAGAGCCACUACUACUUUUGUAUAGGGCUGGGCGACAUAUCGAAUUAAUGUUUUAGCGCGAUGUUCCAAAUGUAUCACAAGAAUCUAGGUUUUUAUUUUUUUGUUUGUUUUUGAGUGUUCUAUGUCUUUUUGGGCUCGUCUCCUUGGCUCCUUCUGUGCUGUGUACACUGUGCACCUUCCCACUCUCACACAAACACCAAGCCCCUGCCACACACAACAAAUACGAAAGAUAACUUCUUCCUCUCUCACAACAUGCAGUUUAAACUCGCUAUUUGAUUGAGAUCUGGUCCAACAGAAUCUGUCAUUGACACCGAAACGCUUAGAGACAUUAUUUUACUGUAAUAGAUGAGAACUUAACCUUUCUAACGAUACCCUUUUUAUGUCUCAACUACCAAAAUGUAGAACAGAGCAGACCCUAGUAAAACAAGAAUAUCAAUAAACAUGUUGUGGAAAAUGUAUGCAUGCUCAGUUUCUGCCACGCGUGGCAUUGCGGUACCAUGUACAGCUAGGAACUUUUUAGCCACAGACUUUUAUGUGCCAGCUGUCUAGUGUAAUGUGUUUUUAUAAAUGUGCAAUGAGCAUAAAAAUACACAUUUUAUAUAAGGAAUUGGCAAUUUGUUCUCAUUCUGAGAAAUAAGCAUAUUAUUUUCCAGGUAAGCCACUAGAUUUCAAUAUCUAAACAAUGUGAACAGGUGAUGUUGUACAGACAGGAGGGUCUAUUCAUAACAGUUCAACUGUUCUUCUACUUUGUUAGCAAGCAAAUAGAUCCAAGUUGGCUAGACUUGAAAUAUAAAGCACGUGUGCUUGAGAGAGUGUGUUAAUUUUCUAUAGUGCCUGCUACAAGAAGUUGGUCAUUAUUAGUGGAUGUUCUGGUUCAAUUUGUUAGAAAAAUUGCAUUUUCAUAAACAGACUUGAAAGCCAGAAUAAAAUAAAAAAAGCAGGUUGAACUAUUUUUAUAAAAUAAUUAAAUUAUAAGUGGUUCUUAUGGUUGUGGAAGGCUUAUAUUUAGCCUAGGUAUAAUUUUACAAUCCCUGAAUUCAUUAGACUAUUCCUGACUGUUUCAAAUACAGUGUAUUGAUCUUUAAUUGUGCAACAAAGCAUAUUUAGAGAUAACGUUAAAAUAAUAGAGAUAUACAGUAUAUCGUGAAUCGCACAUAAUUAAAAAGAGAAAUUAUUUUUAGGUCAUAUCGCCAGCCCUACUUUUGUAUACAUUUUGACAAAACAAAUUGUUAUUUGUAGCUUUGUCUUUGGCAGAUACUAAACAUUUAGACAUUUCAACAUAUGAUAAUGUAGAGCAUAUACAGUAAAACUGGUAGCCUUAAUAUUUAUUUAGAAUGUACAGUAUCCGUGCAGAACAGGGGAGUUGGUGAGGAAAAACGUCUGUUUUUGGGGCUGUCUAGGGCGUGAGUGUGUUGAGUGUCUAACAGGCCUGGUUUCCCUGAAAGCUGUUUUCAUUCUCAGCACUAGCACCGAGGUCAGGCACACAUACACCACAUCCUCCUUUCUAGGAAAAAUAUUUAAUCAAAGCCAUUUGUUGUCUGUUCUUCUCUCUCUUUCUCUCUCUCGCACUCCUGUGCUGACCUGCUCCCACUGUACGGAUUGUAAUAAAUAGAGAUGUGGUGGGGGGAAAAAAACAAGCUGCUCUCAGAUUUCCUAGAAGCAGCAGCGCAGAGAACUGAGUGCAAGGAGAGCGUUUCAGGAGGACGAGAGCCUUCACCUUCUAAAGGCUUUUAUUCUAGCUGAUUGAAGACCGUGGGGAGAGUCUGGUGUUCUGAAAAGGAUAAUUUAGGCUGAAAAGGAUUUCAUGUAUUCUUUUAUACAGGCCUGUCUCGCUGAAUCAUUUGGCCUAAUUCACAUACAUGUAUGGAUGUGCUCUGUGCUUUUAUCACCCGCUUCCCCCACUCCUGUUAUGAUGGCAACAGAUGACAUUGGUGGGUUGCCUUGGAAACCAUGAUGGUAUUAUCCGUUUUUCAAUAACCCUUACCUCGUCCAUGCUUCACUCGCUGCCCAGUACACACACAAACACACACAGGGGUGUCUUAAAUACGUUUUAUUGCCACCAGUGAAUUUGUUUGGAACAUAUGCUUCCCUCCUGCUCCUCCGCUGAUGCAUAGUGAUAUCAAAACAUGCAUCCCUCCUCAGUCAGCUCUCAGGUUACCAUGGGUUCUGGUCUCCACCAGUAA